UUUGUUUACAAAUACACGUGCCAAACGAACUGCGUAAAACUGAAUUUCGUUUAAACUUUAAUUUUCUUGCAAAAAUGAAGGUAAAAAUGAUAAGUCGUAAUCCGGAUGAUUAUGUCCGUGAAACGAAAAACGAGCACCAUAAACUACCUCGCAAUUAUGAUCCUGCUUUGCAUCCCAUGGAAUCAUCCCGCGAGUACGUUCGAGCCUUAAAUGCCACAAAGUUAGACAGAGUUUUUGCUAAACCUUUUGUGGGUAAUUUAAGUGGUCACCGAGAUGGGGUCUCCUGCUUCGGCAAGCAUCCUAAACAAUUGUCGACUCUAACGUCUGGGGCAUAUGACGGCGAAGUACGUGUCUGGGAUUUGGCGAAUCGCGAAAGUGUACGCAGCUUUGUGGCCCACGAAGGCUUUGUUCGAGGCAUUUGUUACGAUGUAACCGGUGAACGUUUCUUUACGGUGGGCGAUGACAAAACCAUAAAGGUGUGGAAUUCCUCGGCACCUGACGUAGGCGAAGAUGAAGAACCAAUCAACACAAUAUUAAGUCGCACCAUGAUCACAGGCAUUACACAUCAUCGCAAAGAACCAAAAUACGCAACAUGUGGCGAAGUCUGUUCGAUUUGGGAUGAGAGUAGAAAUGAUCCACUCAAAAAUUUAAAAUGGGGUGUUGACACUCUGCAUGCGGUGGCCUUUAAUCCGGUGGAAACUUCCAUAUUGGCAUGUUGUGGAAGUGACCGUUCCAUUAUCUUGUAUGACCAACGCGCAGCCAACCCCCUAAGGAAAAUGGUAUUGACCAUGAAGAGUAACAAAUUGGCAUGGAAUCCCAUGGAAGCUUUCAAUUUCAGUGUGGCAAACGAAGACUGCAAUCUCUAUACUUUUGAUACCAGACAGCUGAAGAAUCCUCUAAAAAUCCAUUUCGACCAUGUGUCAGCAGUCACCGAUGUAGACUAUUCACCCACUGGCAAGGAAAUUGUUUCCGGCAGUUACGAUAAGACAAUUCGCAUUUACAACGUUCACCAGAGUCAUUCGCGUGAUAUUUAUCACACCAAACGAAUGCAACAUGUCGUUUGUGUGGCCUGGUCCUUGGACAAUCGUUAUGUGUUUACUGGAUCCGAUGAAAUGAAUAUCCGUAUGUGGAAGGCUAAAGCUUCUGAAAAAUUGGGUGUUAUACGUCCUCGUGAACGUGUUGCCUUCAACUAUCAGGAGGCAUUAAAGGAGAAAUAUGCAGCACAUCCACAAAUCAAACGUAUUGCCAGACAUCGUCAAGUGCCACGUCACGUAUUGAAUUCGCAAAAGAAAAUGCGAGCUGUCAAGGACAAGGAGUUACGCAAGGAAGCCAAUGUACGAAAUCAUUCGAAACCGGGCUCAGUGCCAUUUGUGGCUGAGAAGAAGAAGACUGUACUGAAGGAGGAAAUUUAGAAUAGCUUUGAUUCAAAUAUGCUUUAGUUAAAUAGGAUAUAAAUUGUUUUAAAAAAUAAACCAUUUUCUUUUUGUAUAAACCACUAGUGCGUGGCUGUGAAUGACCGACCACUAAUAAAGGACCACUGUCGAGCAUGACUUUA